UGAAUUUGUGUAGUGUCGUUUUAAAAACACUUUUUGUAUGAUUUUUGUUCGUUUCGAAAUUAAGCGUGUGUCGAGCUCAGUUUGUAUGAAAAACGCGCCGGACUCGGACACGUACGUUUAUCAGCGCGGAUCAUUGAAAACUUCUUGGCGAGUACGCCUGCCUGGCAAAGUGUCUACAAGCUGAAARGGGCUUAGCUUAGCUUACGCUGCUUACACUCUCCUGUGUGUACUGUGGACGUUGGCUAUCAUGACAAAGACUAGCAAGUCCAAGGAGAAGGACAAGAACAGUGCGCUGCCCAGAGKGCCCAGCAAUUUGUUGGCGAGUGCUGCCAAAAUGAAGAUCACCAAAGCGCUGGCAAAUGCCAAGAAACAAUCUGUGCAAAAGGGCGCAGGGGGGGACCAAGCAACAGGAUCAAAUACUGAAGCAGGCAAAGGCACAGCCACAGCCACAGCCACGACCACAACUACAGCCAUAGCAUACGGCCAAGCGCAACAGGCGGUCGCUACGAAAGAGACGACAAUAUCGGCGCAGGAGAACGGCGACAGCGGCGACGCGCACAAGCAGCAGCAGCAGCGUCAACAACAACAACAACAGCAGCAGGCAGCGACGUCGACGUCGCCGUUGUCGCCGCUUGCCACAGCGAAUUUAUCGUCGACAUUUGAGUCGAAGGCUCACACAUCAGUUGCCAGCGAAACAGCGAAGCAAACAGUUACUACCGCAACAACAGCAACAGCUACAGCAGCCGUAACAACAACAAUCGCAAAUAUUUUAGUUUAUGAUGGGAACAGCGUAAGACAACAACAACAGCAACAUCAGCAGGCCAGCAGUUGUGACGUCACAAAUACUAAAGUUGUUGCAGGCGAAACUGCUAAUUGUAAUCAAGAUAAAGACGAUCCUAAAGCCGAAAGCGAAACGAAGCUAGACACACCAGCAGCAGCAGCAAUAACAGUAACAACWAGCGAUAAAUAUUACAAAAUUGUUGAUAAGUGCAAAAGUGAGAUAAGUGAUGAAAACUCAGCAACAACAAACGCUGAAAUUUUGCCGGUAGCAGUGAUAAAUAGUAAUCAGCAAAGCGACGCAAGUGAAAGUGUUGACAACAAAAUCAAAAGUGAAUCAAAUGAGCAAGAACAAACUGCAACAGCAACAUUGACAACAGCAGCAACUGCCGAAUUGCCGCUACAUUAUCGCGGCCUAAACAACUCGGUGAUCAUAGCCAACUAUGCUCAUCAGCAGCAACAGCAACAGCAGCAACAGCAUCAGCAACAGCAACAACAACAAGCAGAGCAACAGCAAAUCUACGAGCAGCAACAGUUUCUGCAACAACAACUGCUAACCCAACACCAACACCACCAGCAGCAACAGGAGCAACAUCAGCAACACGCCAAUUGGUUAGCGUACAAUAAUUGUGCGUACGAUUUAACUAGCAAUAGUGCAACAGCAGCAGCAGCAGCGGCGGCCGCAGCAGCAACACAGCAGGAUAAGAGCGACUUUUAUGCAUUGGCUGCCUCGCAGCAACUGCUGGCGCAUUUACCCUAUCAUCAUACCCAUUUGUAYGAGCAGCAGCUGCAGCAGCAGCAACAUCACAUUAGCAACAGCAGCAACAACACGGAUUCCAUAAUGCGCAACAAUUUUGCGCUUUACAGUGUUUAUGGAGGAGGCGGUGGCGGUGGUGGUGGCGGUGGCGUUGGCAGUCCUACCACCCACGAGCAACAUCAGCUCCAGCAACACGUUGCCGCAGUGGCAGCAGCAACCGCCAAUUCGGUAAUCGCGCACACAACGCACACGACGCCAAAUAUUGAUGAAGUUAUACAGGAUACGCUGAAGGACGAGUGCUUCGAUGAUAAUCACAGCUCCAGCUAUCACAUGCUCACCGCUGUUUCCGAUAUGCACGUGCUCAAGGAGGCUAAUCCAACUCUUUACUCUAUGACACACGAUCAGUUGAUGCAACAGCAACAUCUGCAUCAGCACCAGCAACAUCUGCACCAGCAGCAGCAUCAUCAGCAUCAUCAUCACAACAAUUCAGCCAGUUCGGUGGGUGGCGAUUCGCCGUCGCCCUCCCACACGCUCGCCACACAUGCCAGCGAUGUGGCAACGCUGCAAAGCUUCACACAACUAACGAGCGCGCAGCCCAGCAGCGGACUGCAUCGCGACAGCUACGGCAGCCUCUCGCCGGAGCACGGCAACUACUUUACCACACAGCUCAGCCCGGUACUGCAAAGCAGCUCUGUCUAUGCAAGUCCUUUACUCGCCUCGGCCGCCAAUGGCAUGCAGUACGGCAUGCAAACUAUUGCCUCGCCCACCCACACACACGCCCAGCUGCAACAACAACAUCACCAACAUCAACAACAGCAGCAGCAGCAACAGCAGCAACAGCAGCAACAGCACCAACAACAACAACAUCAUCAACAUCACAACUCAUCGAGCAACAGUCCUGGUCCAGUGGGUCUGCACCACACUGGCAACUCCACGCUGCUGGACGACGGCUACGGCUCGCCCAAGAGUAGCCACAGCGGCAAUGGCAACGGCGGUGGAGGCACCUUGCCCGCCUUUCAGCGCAUUGCGCCGGCAAGCGGUGGUGCGGGCUAUGGCAACGGCGUGGCCAAUGGCUCUGGCAGUGGGGCCGAACGGGCUGGAUACGCAUCGCUAGGCAAUUAUCGCACACACGGCGAUGCCUGGAGUGGUCAUUACGAACCAAUUAGCUACGCGCCCACAACCGCCGGCCAGGGCCAGCUGGGUGGUGCAGCGGUGACCAAUGUGAUACGCAACGGACGCGCCGUUUCUGCCGCGGCGGCAGCAGCAGCCGCUGUCGAUGGUGCUGCCAGCACUGUUGAUCCUGCGCGCUUCCUAGCCAAUGCCACUCAUCUGUCCGCCUCGGCAUCGCUAACAGCAAUGGCCGCUGAAUCAGGCGGGGAUUUCUAUAAGACCUUCCCAUUUAAUGUGACCGCCGGUAGCCGCAGUAAAAGCUCAACAAAUGCCAACAGCGCUGCUGGCGUCGGCGCUAGCGCAGGCUCAACGUCGGCGACGACGUCCUCAGUGACUUCAACGGCGCUCGACGAGCAAGUUAGUCGCGCUAAUUCGAGACGCUUGAGCGCCUCCCGACGAGCUGGCAUGUCCUGCUCCAACUGCCAGACGAGCUACACUUCGCUAUGGCGUCGUAAUCCUGGGGGCGAGCCCGUCUGUAAUGCGUGCGGCCUUUACUUCAAGUUGCACAGCGUGGUCCGUCCACUAACGAUGAAGAAGGACACCAUACAGAAACGCAAGCGCAAGCCGAAGGGUACCAAAAGCGAAAAGUCAAAGAAGAUGAGAGCCUCGCAGGCAGCUGGAUUAGUGGCCAGCAAUUCCAAUGCCUGCCACAACGCGAGCAUGCAACUGGAGGCGCAUGGGCAGCAGCAAAUGGAUGUCACUGAUGGAGAAAUGAAACCAAUCGCAUAUAUGUCAUACGCACCGCAGCAACAGCUACAACAGCAGCAACAACUAAACACUGAGCUACAUUCAUCUGCGGCCAGCUCGCCGCAAAGCAUGGCAUCCUCCUCAUUAUCACCUAAUGCUGCAUCCCAACAUCAACAACAACAGCAGCAGCAACAGCAGCAGCAACAGCUUUGCUCUGGCCUGGACAUGUCGCCCACAUCAUCCUAUCAAAUGUCGCCCAUUAAUAUGCAGCAGCAGCAGCAGCAAUCAUGCAGCAUGCAGCAUUCACCUAGCACGCCCACAUCAGCCAUGUCUCAGUCCAUUUACUCCACGCCAUCGCCCACGCAGCUUCAUAAUAGCAGCAACAGCAGCAGCAACAACAACAGCAACAGUCACAACAAUAACAACAACUCAUUAUUUAAUAAUAACAAUAACAGCAUUAAUAGCAGCAAUGAAAAUAACAAACAAAUUAUUCAGAAAUAUCUGCAAGCUCAACAAUUGAGCAACAGCAGCAGCGAUCAUCAAUUGUUGGCACAUCAGCAACUUAUGCACCUGAUGCCGAACUCCAUUACGGCGGCAGCAGCAGCUGCAGCAGCAGCGGCGGCGGCGGCGGCAAUCAGCACAGCGAUCAAAUCGGAGGCGGUCACCAACAGCACCACCAACACCACCACCAGCAGCAAGCAAUUAGCUGCCACAACAACAACAACACAGACCACGGCAUCGAACGCACUAUCCUCGCUGAGCAACAGCAGCAGCAACAUUAUCAACCUCCAAAAUCCCUAUCAACAGCAGGCGCUUGGUCAGACGGAGAUGCCCUUGUGUAAGUCGGCACUGAGUGGUCGUACAUCGUCGCCCUACUACAUAAGUCACCUAGCCGAGGAGGAGCAACCGACUAUCAUAAAACUGGAGCAGUUGGAUCACCACCAACAACAGCAACAGCAGCAUCAGCAGCAACAUCAACAGCAGCAGCAACAUCAGCAACACGAUGAUAUGUUGCUCAGCCGCUCAACGUCCAUCGAUGAGCAUUAUGAAUUGGCCGCAUAUCACCGCCAGCAGCAGCAACAGCAGCAGCAACAACAACAGCAGCAGCAACAGCAGCACGCACAGCAGCAACAUGUUGCACUUAGCCAGCACGAGCAUCAGAUUGCCAGCUAUGCACUGCACGCAGCCGCACAACAGCAACUCCAUGAAUUUGGUCGUAAAUAUGGCGGUGAGCGCGAGACAAUUGUUAAGAUGGAAUAAUGCUAGCCGAUUCUGAUUAGACCUGACCAAAGAUAUUCUUGUUAUACACACAUCUCACAGCUCCCAAAGAAACUGAAAUCCAUUUUUAGCCUAGGCAUUCGAAUUGCNACACACACACACAAGUUUUGUAUAUAAUUUAAGCAAAUCGAUGCGACAUUUCCCUAAGCUAUGGAAAUGCUCUCAAACUACUCGAGUUCUGUUAUUGUAAAAUUUAGUUUAAUUUUUUUUUUAGCGAAUGUCGCCAGCAGCAUAAAACUGAUAUGUUGUUGGAUUUUUGUUAUUAUAUACCCCCAAUACUAUUCUUUAUUAUGAAUAUGAAUAACUCUUGAGAUUUCUUAUCAUCAAAUUCCACAUAAUUUUUAAGUUAAUUUUAUGCAUCAGCAAUAAUGAAAAUA